AUGCCCAGCCCCGCCGCGAUGAUCUCCCCCGAGCAGCCGCCGCAGCCCAACCAUGUUGUCGCGACCAUCGAGAACCUGCCGGCGGAGGGCGGCGCCGGCGGCAGCAGCGGCAGGAGCAGCAUCUCCGCCUCCUCCUCCCCCGGCGUGCGCCAGCGGCUCCGGAAAGUGCUGAACAGGGAGCUCCUGCUGUCUGUGGCUCUUGGCCAGGUUUUGUCCCUUCUUAUCUGUGGCAUUGGCCUGACCAGCAAGUAUUUGUCAGAGGAUUUCCAUGCCAACACUCCUGUUUUCCAGAGCUUCCUCAAUUACAUCCUCCUGUUUUUGGUCUACACCACUACACUAGCUGUCAGACAAGGAGAAGAAAACUUAUUGGCAAUUUUGAAACGGAGAUGGUGGAAGUACAUGAUCCUGGGGAUAAUAGAUAUAGAAGCCAAUUACCUGGUAGUCAAAGCUUACCAAUACACCACUCUUACUAGUGUACAGCUCCUAGAUUGUUUUGUUAUCCCAGUGGUGAUAUUACUGUCCUGGUUCUUCCUGCUGGUCCGAUACAAGGCAGUUCAUUUCAUUGGAAUUGUGGUCUGCAUUCUGGGCAUGGGCUGUAUGGCAGGAGCAGACGUCCUUGUCGGGAGACAACAAGGAGCAGGUGAAAAUAAGCUGAUAGGGGAUCUCUUAGUACUAGGUGGAGCAACACUCUACGGCAUCUCCAAUGUUUGUGAGGAGUACAUUGUCCGAAACAUGAGUCGGGUGGAGUUCUUGGGCAUGAUUGGGCUGUUUGGCUCCUUCUUCAGUGGAAUUCAGCUUGCAAUAAUGGAACACAAGGAGUUGUUAAAAGUUCCCUGGGAUUGGCAAAUAGGGCUGCUGUAUGUUGGCUUUAGUGCCUGUAUGUUUGGCCUCUACAGCUUCAUGCCAGUGGUCAUUAAGAAAACCAGCGCUACUGCAGUCAACCUCUCCCUGCUCACAGCAGACCUGUACAGCCUAUUCUGUGGAUUAUUCCUCUUUAACUACAAGUUUUCAGGACUUUAUCUGCUGUCAUUCUUCACUAUCCUUGUUGGGCUGGUGCUGUACUCCUCCACCUCUACAUACGUAGCCCAGGAUCCACGGGUGUAUAAGCAGUUUCGAAACCCUUCAGGACCUGUUGUAGACUUGCCAGCAACCGGACAGCUGGAACCUUCAGUAACGUAUACCAGUCUAGGCCAGGAGACAGAAGAGGAGCCUCACAUCAGAGUUGCCUAA